AUGCUCAAGAUCUUCCUCCAGGCGGAGUGUAUGGGGAUGCAAGUUGAUGACGAGCUCGAAAUGUAUAGACAGAUGGAACAGCAGUCUGAAAGUAAUCAUCCCGGUCGCGAUGUUGUAAGAACCUUGCUCGAUACGUUCUAUAUCAAUGGGCUGGGGGAUAAGCAUCGCUGUCUCGUGCACCCGCCGUUAUGGGAGAGUGUUCUAACCUUCCUGCGCCGGAAUCCGGUGGAGAGGUUACCUUCGGUGAUUCUUGCUGUUGUUCUUCAUCGGUUGUUUAUGGCGUUGGAGUAUCUUCAUACUGAGUGUGGGGUAGCGCAUACUGAUAUCAAGGCUUAUAACAUCAUGCUCGGCAUCAAUGAUGACUUUGUCUUCACUGACAUUGAAGAAAUUGAACUCCAACGACCCGUCCCGAGGAAAGAGGUCUAUGACAGAAUGAUAUACAUGUCCCGGGUACUCAAAGUACCCAAGGAUGUUGGUGGUCCUGUACUCUGUGACCUUGGUUCUGCCAUGGUUAUCAAUGAUGAAUACCAGAGGGAAUUCAUACAGCCUCGGAUUUAUCGAGCGCCGGAGGUGAUACUGGGAGUUCCGUGGACGUAUAGUGUUGAUAUAUGGAAUGUGGGGUGCAUGAUCUGGGAUCUAUACGAAGGUGGUUCUUUAUUCACGGGAUACGAUCCUGUAGAUGAGAGGUACCGGAGCCGAGCGCAUCUUGCGGAGAUGAUUAAUCUUCUUGGACCGCCGCCUCAGAGUUUGCUUGCGCGGGGGCAGUUGAGAGAUAGGUUUUUCUCAGAUGAAGGUGCUUUCCUCCAUCCGGAUUUAUUGACCGAACGGAUCCCCCUUGAAGAAAGGGAGACGAGUCUGGAGGGAAAGGCAGAGAGGGAAGCAUUUUUGCGUCUCAUGCGAAAGAUGCUGCAGUGGGAGCCAGAGAAGCGUAGUUCUGCUCGGGAGUUGGCGGAGGAUGAGUGGUUGCAAAGUUAUAUAUGA